UGUAUCAUCCAUUCGAAAGAACACCAUGACUGAGUGAAAAGAGUACAUUUCAUUAUUUUCAUUAUCCAAUAAAAAAAAAAAAAAUAUCUAGAUUACUGUCAGUGUUUGAAGAGACAAAACAAAUUUUGUGUUGAAUUUUGUUGAUCAAAAUAAUUAGAUUAAUAAAAUUUUGAGUUGAUUGAGCCGUGCAUUAGAAAUUUAUAUAAAUAGGAUUUUCGUGCCGUCAUCAUUGUCUAUGUGAAAUCAAAUGUGAGCUCAUCUUUUGAGAAUGGAUCAUAAAAAGAAACUACAUGAUAAAUCUUCACAAUAAAUGAACAAAUGAAUAUUAUUGUUUGCUUAAAACGAUCGAAUCCCAUUCCUGUUUUUGGCGAGAACAAAGACAACAUUUUAAUUGUUUGUUAAUUCACAAGUAUUCACGGUCAAUCAACUCAAGUGAACACAUACAUUUACAAUAAAUUGAACCAUCAAAUUGGGCAUCAGGAAAUAUGAUUCGAAAUAAUCCGCCAAAGAGGGAAGGUGGCAAAAUGCGUAUCCGCGCAUUCCCAAUGAAUAUGGAUGAAAAAUACGUAGAAUCCAUUUGGAAUCUUCUACGUAGUGCAAUACAAGAGAUUCAAAAGAAAAACAAUUCGGGCCUCUCAUUUGAGGAACUGUAUAGAAAUGCAUAUACAAUGGUGCUGCAUAAGCAUGGCGAACGUUUGUACACAGGCCUGAAAGAAGUUGUUACUACACAUUUAGAAAAACAGGUUCGUGACGACGUUCUAAAAUGCUUGCACAGCAAUUUACUACAGAAACUGAAUCAAGUUUGGACCGAUCACCAAACGUCGAUGGUUAUGAUUCGGGAUAUUUUAAUGUAUAUGGAUCGUGUAUAUGUGAAACAAAAUGAAUUCGACAACGUAUACAAUUUGGGUUUGAUCAUCUUUCGGGAUCAAGUGGUUCGACAUGGUAAAAUUCGUGAUCAUUUGCGUAAAACACUAUUGGAUAUGGUGAUGUUAGAACGAAAAGGUGAAGUUAUUGAUCAUUUGGCGAUAAAAAAUGCAUGUCAAAUGUUAACUGUGCUUGGCAUUGACAGCCGUUGGGUUUAUGAAGAGGACUUUGAACGACCAUUCCUUACCCAAUCCGCCUCAUUCUAUAAAAUGGAAUCACAAAAAUUCUUGUCGGAAAAUAAUGCCAGUGUUUACAUAAAAAAGGUGGAAAGUCGCAUUAUGGAAGAAUCAGAACGUGCAAAAUUGUAUUUGGACAAAGAUACCGAACCACGCAUCGUAAAAGUUGUCGAAGACGAAUUAAUAAAUAAACACAUGAAAACAAUUGUUGAAAUGGAAAAUAGCGGCGUUGUGCACAUGAUUAAAAAUACAAAGACAGAAGAUUUGGCAUGCAUAUAUAAAUUGUUUUCACGCUUAAAUGAUGAUGCACUGAAGACCAUUGCCGAAGCAGUUUCCGGCUAUUUACGAGAACAAGGUCGCCAAUUGGUAACCGUUAAAGAAGACGAACAAACGAAUCCCAUUACAUUCGUACAAAAUUUACUCGAUUUGAAGGAUCGUUUCAAUCAUUUUUUGGUACAUUCAUUCAACAACGACAAAAUUUUCAAGAACAUGAUUUCAUCCGAUUUUGAGCAUUUUCUUAACUUGAAUAACAAAUCGCCCGAAUAUUUGUCACUAUUUAUUGACGAUAAAUUGAAAAAGAGCAGUCGUGGUAUGACUGAACAAGAAAUCGAAACAGUUUUAGACAAAACAAUGGUACUCUUCCGGUAUCUACUCGAAAAAGAUGUAUUCGAACGAUACUAUAAAUCACAUUUAGCCAAACGUUUGCUACUUAAUAAAUCAGUGUCCGACGAUUCGGAAAAGAAUAUGAUUUCGAAGCUUAAGACUGAAUGUGGUUGCCAGUUUACCUCGAAACUAGAGGGCAUGUUCAAGGAUAUGACAUUAUCGAAUACGGUUAUGGAAGAAUUCAAAAAUCACGUCAACAGCAACAACAUAUCGUUGAAUGGAGUCGAUCUAACAGUUAGAAUCCUAACCACAGGUUUUUGGCCAACACAGUCGGCUCAAAGUUGUAACAUACCACUAGCGCCUCAGAAAGCUUUUGAAACGUUCAAAAAGUUUUACUUAGCACAACAUUCAGGUCGUCAAUUAACGCUACAACCACAAAUGGGUACGGCAUUUAUAAAUGCAGUAUUUCCGCCAAUUCAAUCGUCAAAACCAGAUGCAAACGGUGUACAAUCAUCGUCAAGCACAUCCGGACCAAGUGAUGGACCUGUUGGAAAUGUGGCUUCAUUUACUCGCAAACACAUUCUCCAAGUAUCAACUUAUCAGAUGUGUAUUUUGAUGUUGUUCAACACCCGUCAACGUAUGACUUACGAAGAAAUUAUGCAAGAAACUGAAAUUCCCGAAAAAGAUUUGAUUCGUGCAUUGCAGUCAUUGUCAAUGGGCAAAGCGGCUCAACGUCUAUUAGUGCGGGCGGCAAAAACAAAGGAAAUCGAAGCAAGCAAUGAAUUUUACAUCAACGAUGGUUUUGUCUCCAAAUAUCACAGAGUUAAGAUUCAAACAGUUGCUGCUAAAGGUGAAUCGGAACCAGAGCACAAAGAAACACGUAGCAAGGUAGAAGAAGAUCGAAAACAUGAAAUUGAAGCCGCUAUUGUUCGAAUAAUGAAAUCGAGAAAGAAGAUGGCGCAUAAUCUAUUGGUGUCAGAUGUAACGACUCAGUUGCGAAGCCGGUUCCUUCCGUCACCGGUAGUGAUCAAGAAACGAAUUGAAGGACUAAUCGAGCGAGAAUAUUUGGCUCGGACACCAGAAGAUAGAAAAGUUUAUGUAUAUUUAGCUUAAGAACCUCAACACACACACAAACACACACACACACACACAAUACAAAAACUCAAACGAGACAAUGAGUUUUUUCAUCAUUUUGUUUCUUUGUUUUCACCAAUGAAACACGAUGACAUCAUUUCGAAAUAAUAUACAAGAGAAGCAAAUUAAAAUAUGUGAAGAUAUAGUUAGCUCAGAAUCUGAGAUAGAUUCAAAAACAGCAUCGUGGUUUUUGUAAGAGUUGAUAAAAUUGAACGAUUAGAAUGAGUGAAUUUACGCAUUCAUCUUUCUGAUGAAAAUGUCACGAAAAGAAAAGUGAUUUUUUUAUACUUUUAUGUCAGUAAGUUUCAUUGGGAUCGUUCGAGAAAUACAUUAGGAAAACAAUAAUAGAAAAGGAACAACAAGCUAAAUAAUUUACUAUCAGAAUAAAAAAAAAAUAGUAAGUUACUAUAAUGAAAAUGAAUUGAGAGGAAGAAAAGGGAAAAAAUGAUCCGCGUAACAUUGAAACUAAUGAUCCCCUUAGUCUAACGUUAAUAUACCUAAAACAAAAAAUUACUGUAUUCUAACCUGUACUUUUAUUAUUACUUUAAUUAUUAUGAUAGUUAUGGAUGCUCCUGCCUAUGAUUGGGAGCGUCUAUUAAGUGUGACGGCAUUUCAUUUAAUUUCCGUCAUUCAUAUUUCAUACACACCUACAAUGGUGGUAAUACUAUAUAUAUAGAAAACAACUUUAUCAUUUUCACCGACAUUUAUUUCCUUUUUUUUUCAUUGACCGGAUAUUGAUCGAUUUAACAUAGACACAAAAUGUAAAAGAAAUUUAGCUAUCCCUGUAAAACACAGGUGAUAAUAGUUAGAACAAAAAAAACGGUCAGUUUUUUUUUUCGUGUAAGUCCACAUUUGUACAUUCUUUUAAUGCUUUUUCCCCUCAUCAUUUUCGUAAAAUUGAUUAGUGACCGAUAGUUCUUUAUGUUUAGCUAAGUAACAAUGUUUCUGAUAUAGUAUUAUCAAGAGACUUAUUUAGCUUGAGCUUGACAUCUACAUUCAAAAUAAACAAGUUUUAAUAUGUCAA